AUGUAUCAAACAGGGAAUGUCUACACCAUUGCCGCCAUCUCCAUCAUUGGAGGUGGUCUGUUCGGUUUCGACAUCUCUUCGAUGUCUGCUAUCAUCGCUACUCAGCCAUACAAGUGCUACUUCAAUCAGCAAGGGUUCAAUGAUGUUGGCGAGUGCAUUGGUCCCAAGGCCGAUGUACAGGGAGGUAUCACCGCCUCAAUGGCGGGAGGUUCUUGGCUUGCCGCUCUUUGCUCUGGAUACCUUUCGGAUCGCCUUGGCCGCAAGAUGGCAAUUCAGAUCGGUGCCGUCAUCUGGGUGAUUGGAUGCAUCAUCGUUUGUGCCUCUCAAAACAUUGCCAUGCUUAUCGUCGGCCGUGUCAUCAACGGAUUCUGUGUCGGUAUCUGCUCCGCGCAAGUGCCUGUUUACAUCUCUGAAAUCGCACCUCCAAGCAAGAGAGGAAAGCUUGUUGGUGCUCAGCAAUGGGCGAUUACAUGGGGUAUUAUGAUUAUGUUCUAUAUCAGCUACGGUUGCUCGUUCAUAAAUGGCACUGGUGCCUUCCGUGCUCCUUGGGCUCUUCAGAUGAUCCCUGCUAUCUUGCUCUUUUUUGGCAUGAUGAUCUUACCCGAGUCUCCCCGCUGGCUGGCAUCCAAGGAUCGAUGGGAAGAGACCCGGGCAGUCCUUGCUCUCACUCACGGUCACGGUGAUCCCGAAAGUCCCUUUGUUGUUCGCGAGUUCGACGAAAUCAGGGAGUGGAUCAGAAUCGAGUCUGAAGCUAAGAACGCCUCUUACCUCGAGCUCAUCCGUCCUCGCAUGCUCAACAGAACUAUCAUCGGUGUAUUCAUGCAAAUCUGGUCUCAGCUUACCGGAAUGAAUGUCAUGAUGUACUAUAUUACCUAUGUCUUCCAGAUGGCAGGUCUCUCUGGAAACAACCUCCUCGUCUCCUCGUCCAUCCAAUAUGUCAUCAACGUCGUCAUGACUGUUCCUGGUCUUCUUCUUGUUGAUCGUGUUGGUCGCCGUCCCCUCCUCUUGGUCGGAGCUGCGUUCAUGGCACUGUGGUUGUUCGCCAAUGCCGGUAUUCUUGGCGCUUACGGAACCAACCCUGGUCCCGGUGGUGUUGGCGGCAACACUCCUGAAGCCUCUACCGAAGUCACUGGUGCAGCUUCCAAGGCUGUUAUUGCUUGUUCAUACCUGUUCGUUGCAUCAUACGCCCCUACCUGGGGUCCUGUCUCCUGGAUCUACCCCUCCGAGAUCUUCCCCAACCGCGUCCGCGGCAAGGCCACUGCUCUUGCUACCUCAGCUAAUUGGGCCUUCAAUUUCGCCUUAGGCUAUUUUGUCCCCCCAGCUUUCAUCAACAUCAGAUGGCAGGUCUACAUUGUUUUUGGCGUCUUCUGCGUUGCCAUGUGGCUCCACGUCUUCUUUUGCUUCCCUGAGACAGCAGGCAAACCACUUGAAGAGGUCACCGCUAUGUUCGAAGACCCCAGUGGCAUCCGCUACAUCGGAACUCCCGCCUGGAAGACCAGCGCAUCCACCUCGAUCACCUCCCGCAUGGAGAGAGGACAAGAUCUCGAGAAGAAGCUCAGUGAAGACGAGGCCCCCGAGACUCACGAAGUCGCUCCCAAGGCAACUGUCUAAAGGAUGUUUACAAAACCAUCCGACGAACUGCUUUUCUAUCGAGAAUGCAGAGAUAACCUUCACGAGCUUGAUGUUGAUUUGACCGUACUGAACGAGUACGAUGUCUAUACAGUAUAAACCUAUACACUCUAAUAAUUACAUACCAUUCUCU